CUGCACUUUGUAGCGUCGGAAUUUCUGUUACUUCCCAUGGAGAACAAUAGCUGGGAUGUGCUUGUACAGAGUUCCGUAAAUUGGAUUAUGGCGGCAAAUAGCUUGCACUCAAUUGUGCACAUAGUUGAGAAUGUCGUAUUUGAAAAGCCAUGUGAUGCACGUCACCCAAUUCAUUGCAUUAGGCGAAGCCGGGACUUUCUAAAACCAAUUUCUGGAAUGCUUGCCACAACGCUUGGUCUAACUCCAGCAUGUGUGUCUUGUGAGAGACCGAGGAGAGAUGGUUGGAGGAUAGCCUUUGCAUUGGACACCGGAGGGGCUCCUGAUAGUGGCGGCAAUGAAAGGCUUGACGAUGGGGACAACACACCAGGACAGCUAGGUAGGACGCGAUUAGGUCGGAUUCUUAGUGGGGGUAGUAGGCAACUCUUGGAGAAGCUAAAUGGGGCAAGGAGGAACUUUCCAAUGAAAGUAUUUCUAUUGCUUUUAGGUUUCUACACUGCGAAUGCAUUGGCAACAAUAUUAGGGCAAACAGGAGAUUGGGAUGUCUUGGUUGCUGGUAUUGUGGUGGCUGCCAUUGAGGGCAUAGGCGUACUCAUGUACAAGAGACCUUUGCCCAUACCCAUCGGGAAGCUUGAGUCUUUAGUUGGGAUGAUAAAUUAUUGGAAGGCGGGUCUUUGCUUAGGGCUUUUUGUAGAUGCAUUUAAACUUGGGAGCUAGAAAAAGGAGUCUUCAGUUCCUAGCUAGACACUUUUAUGCAUUACUUUUUCUUGCCCAAGAUUCAUUUUGUAUAAUGAGAGCUUUUGGGUCUGUCAUUGGAUGACUGAUGAAACCCUUCAGAUACAUUUGAUCCUCCUCCUCGUCUCAGAAACCCUUCCCAGCUUCUAUUGUCCCA